GGCCUAUAUAACUAUUUCGUAAUUUUCAUACAUAUUUAGUAGGUGACUGGUGAAGGAAGAUAUUUAUGGAAGAAGAAAAUGGAGUAUAUCUACGUUUUAAUACUUGCAGUCAUAAACCCAGUAAUUUGUUAUUACUUUUAUAAUCCUGCAACACAUCAAUUGUUUGUAAGUUCAUCGUUGGACAAUAUCCCAGGAGGAUACAAACUAAUACCACCUCCUCGAAGUCACACCAGAAGAAGGUCAAGACUGGCAAUAGGUUACUGUGGCGAUGGAGGUUUUACUUGCAGUACACCUUACGCAAAAGCUCUGACGUUUCAAUUUGAAUGUUCAAGUGAUGAUAACUGCCCGUCAAGCUACAAAUGUUGCUCUCAAAAAUGCUUCCUUCAUAAAGUUUGCAUCAAAGCUGAAUCAUCUAAUUCAUCUAAUAUUUCCGAUAGAAACAAGAAAAACUAUAACUAUGAGCGUCCAGGUCAGUGUGACAAGUGGACGUACGACUGCCAAGUUCCAUACCAUUAUUCGAUGACUUAUCGUUUUAAAUGCAACCAAGAUAGCCAGUGUCCAGGUAACUUUAAAUGCUGUCAACAGAAUUGCUUUGUGCAUAAAAUCUGUUCUAAAAUAGUUGCGAAUGGAAAAAAGACACCAGAGAAGAUAGUGCCUGCAGAGAAAACUGAAACACAACAAACGAAUGAAAUUACGACUGAAAUUAAUCCAGAAGAGUUAACUGAAGUAAGAUCUUAUUUUACAACAACUACGGAAAAAGAAGACGAAGAAACCAUAGAAAGUACGACUUCAACAACUACUACAGAAGCUACAACAGUAACAGAGGAAGAAGCAGAGGAGGAAGUUUAUACUUAUGAAGACUCUGAUAACGCAGAAACUACAACCGAAUAUGACGUAGAAACACUUACAAUUGAAAAUAACCUGACAACUGAACAAGUAACAGAAAUUGUUGUAGAAGAAACUACAGGAGCUGAAUUAAAUACCACAGUCGCUAAAAUCUCCCUGCGAAAAGUAACAAUUGACCCGAUACGGACUACUUUAGAUACUAAUGCAAUUGAUCCAAAUUACGUUGAAAAAUUCUAUGACUACGACAAUGACACCACUACAGAGAAUGACGCGUAUGAAUAUGAAGAAUAUGAUGAUUACGAGGAUGAAACUGGUGAUAAUUAAAUAGACAUUAAUUUCAAUUCGCUCACAGCAGAACAACAAAAAAAUUAUAAUCUAUGUCGUUAAUUUUCAUGAAAAUUAAAAUAAUUAAUACUUCAAUUACAAUGUUACAUUAUGUUGAAAGUAAUAAACGUACAUAGAUAUAGAUAUAUUAAGAAAGUAAAUAAGUUGUUUCAUCAAAUAAAGAAGUGGAUACGAAUUUAAA